GAGGCUCCAGGGAUCCGCCAGGCAGCAAGGAAGCACCCAACUGCACAGAGACAGGCCGCAGAGCUUAUGUGCACUGGUUGCCGGCAGCAGGAGCAAUGAGAGGGGCCCAGGCAGCUGCCGUUGUGGCAGCGCUGGCCCUGCUGGCGGGGCUGGCCUCGGCGGACGAGCACAACCACAGGUACCAAGUGGGAGACGUGGUGACCCUGUGGGUCAAUAAAGUGGGGCCCUACAACAAUCCGCAGGAGACAUACAACUACUACCUGCUGCCCUUCUGCAAGCCCAAGCCGGCUGACAAGACGCGGCACAAGUGGGGCGGGCUGGGCGAGGUGCUGCAAGGCAACGAGCUGAUCGACUCGCAGCUGGAGCUCAAGUUUAGGACAGACAUGCCCAAGCGGGACAUCUGCACCAUGAACCUGGACGACGACAAGGUGGAGGACUUCACCGAGGCGGUACGGCGGCACUACUGGUACGAGUUCUUCGCCGACGAGCUGCCCAUCUGGGGCUUUGUGGGCCCGCCCCCGGAGCAGACCAAGGGCGACAGCAACGUGUACAUCUACACACACAAGACCUUUGACAUCGCAUACAACGGGGACCGGGUCAUCCACAUCAACCUGACCAGCGAGUCGCCGCAGCCGCUCACCUCGGGUGCCUCCCUCACCUUCACCUACCAGGUGCAGUGGAAGGCGGUGUCGAUCCCCUUUGUGCGCCGCUUCGAGCGCUACCUCGACUUCAACUUCUUCGAGCACCAGAUCCACUGGUUCUCCAUCUUCAACUCCUUCAUGAUGGUCAUCUUCCUGACGGGCCUGGUGUCCAUGAUCCUGCUGCGCACGCUGCGCAAGGACUACGCGCGCUACACCGCCCGCGACGCAGAGGACCUGGAGUCCCUGGAGCGGGACAUGAACGAGGAGAGCGGGUGGAAGCUGGUUCACGGCGACGUCUUCCGCCCGCCCAAGUAUCUGGAGGUGCUUGCUGCGCUGAUCGGCACGGGCGUGCAGCUGGCACUGCUGGUGCUCUCCGUCAUCCUCAUCACCAUCGCAGGCACGCUGUUUGUGGAGCGCGGCACCAUUGUCACCGUGUUCAUCAUCUGCUACGCCCUCACCUCCUUUGUGGGCGGCUACGUGAGCGGCGGCUUCUACGCCCGCAACGAGGGCAAGAACUGGAUCCAGACGAUGCUGGUCACCGCCUGCCUCUUCCCCCUCUCCUGCUUCUCCAUCGCCUUUGUGCUCAACACCAUCGCCAUCUUCUACCAGUCGCUGGCAGCUGUACCCUUUGGAUCUAUUGUCAUCGUGCUGCUCAUCUGGAUGUUCAUUUCCUUCCCGCUCUGCCUCUUCGGCACCGUGGUGGGACGAAACUGGGCGGGCGCGCCAGACCACCCGUGCAGGGUCAAGCGCAUCCCCUCCCCCAUCCCCGACAAGAAGUGGUACCUGCGCCCCCACAUCAUCGCCCUGGUGGGCGGCCUCCUCCCCUUUGGCUCCAUCUUCAUCGAGAUGUACUUCAUCUUCACGUCCUUCUGGAACUACAAGGUGUACUACGUGUACGGCUUCUUCCUCCUCGUCUUUCUCAUCCUGCUCAUCGUGACUGUCUGCGUCACCAUCGUGGGCACCUACUUCCUGCUCAACGCCGAAAACUACCACUGGCACUGGACCGCCUUCUCAGCCGGCGCCUCCACAUCGCUGUACGUGAUGCUGUACAGCGUGCACUACUUUGUGAUGAAGACCAAGAUGACCGGCUUCUUCCAGACAGCCUUCUACUUUGGGUACACCCUCAUGUUCUGCCUAGGCCUGAGCAUCAUGUGCGGCGCGAUCGGCUACCUGGGCUCCCUGGCCUUUGUGCGGCGCAUAUUCAGGAACGUGAAGGUGGACUAGGCGGGGCCUGGCGCGCGGUGCGGCAUCGCCCCUUAAAAAAAGUGCCAGGGCGCGCCAGCCGCACAGGGGCACCUGCAGCAGCCGCUGGGCCCGGCCCGCCUCGGGGUGGCCGCCCCGCUCCUUUUGCUUCUCUACAUUCCCUGCAGUCACUGCUUUCUAUUUGCUGUAAGCUUCAACUUGC